CGUCAAGCAUCGGUAUCCAGUCUCCCAUCUAUCAGCCCUGCGGCUCUGGCCCAGUUGAAGCAAUGCAAAGACCGACAUGAAACCUCGCAAUAUCGCCGCCUGGAUCGCCCAGAUUGUCGAACCCGACCUGGUUACAGGUUGCGAAACCAAGUACCAGCGGCAGCAACAAGAGCAACAACCACAACAACUGCCUCCAUCACCGCCCCGAUCACGAAAGCGUUACAGGAAAGGCAACGACGGCGACGAGAUGCCGUCCGACGAUACCCCGACGCCUAAGAGGCAGCGAGUCGAUGAGGACCGAGCCGACCAGGACCGAGCCGAUCCCGACGAGACACCACGCGCAAGCAGCAGUCAAAGAGGAGGCCGCCGUGGACAUCACCACCGUGUCCACGCCAUGUCGCCAUCUGCCUCGUUCCCUGCUGCAGCUUCUGAGCAUUCGUCGCAGUCGAGCCGAUCUCGCACAACAACCUCGACGUCCAGCCGCCAGUCGUCGCCCCGCAAGCAGAUGGGCAUGCUGGAGCUGUACGACGACGGCAUCGAGGCGAGGGUUCUAUCGCUGGCCAACCCGAGGCUGAGGCUACUGCCCGAGCUGUUUCAGCUGCUCAAGGAGCUGGACCGGUGCAGCCGCUGUAUCGCUGUCAUCCCGGCGGCUCUCGGCGACGAGGCUAGGCAGCGUGCUGCAUACGACCCGUCUCUGUACAGCCUCGAGGACCAUAUGUUUGCCAAGGAGGGCAUUGAGAGCCGCUGGCCAACUCUCUCGCUCGACGACGCUGCGAAUCUAGCCCAAGAGGCGGCCGAGUGCCAGGAUACGGACCAGUGCGAGCUGGGCUGGAACAUGAUGCUCCACCAUCCGCUCCUGUUCAAGGCCAUCUACGGCCCGAAGAGACCGACCAGCCAGAUGGUGGGAUUUGCCCCGUGUCCUACAGCAAAGGUCAUUCGUGAAUAUCUCCCUGUGGCGGUGCAGCCCGAGAUGACCGACUUCUGCAUCCACCUGAUGCCCGAGACAGACCCUGUCGCUCGUGAGGCCACCAGGAAGCUCCGCCUGGAGCUGCCCUGCAAAGUCAUCAACCACACCGACCUCAACUCGCUGCGCAGUCGACCAAUCGUUGUGAGCAUCGAGACCAAGAAACGCAACAGCAGCCAGGAGGCGGCCGGAGAACUCCAGCUGGGCACGUGGCACGCUGCUCAGUGGAAGCUCCUCGAACAGCUUGUUUCACGUACUGGCGGGUCCCUCAAAGGGCUGCCCUUCUUGCCGGCUGUCAUUGUCAAUGGCCAUCACUGGAGCUUUGCUUCCACGACGAGGGAGGGCAGCCAGACGGUGCUGUGGCUCGACCAAGAGUUUGGCAACACCAAGAGCCUCCUGGGUGUAUAUCAGACUGUUUGGGGACUGCAACGCCUAGGGCAGUGGGCGCAGGACGUGUACUGGCCGUGGUUUAAGAAGAAUGUCUUAAACGUUGUAGAUGAUAUGUAGUUUGCCUUGGGAAUUGGCGUUGGCGUUGGAUAAACAGAGAUACCCUAGAAUCGAGAAGUUAUUAUCCUGAGCUAUAAAAUAGAAUGCCUUGUAUUCUUCCCUUUCCUAGUA